CAUAAGUGCUGCCAUCUCGUGCCGCCUCCUGUCUCGGGCGCCAUGUUUGAGUAUUGACUCCGCUGUUCUAGGUUUGCUCUGUGCUAUUUAUGCUACGGUUUCCGUCUCUCCUGUAUUAGAAAAACUUCACGUCUUGAAAGUGUAGGCAGCGCAGGUUCUCUACGAUGUCAGACCAGCAAGAAGAAUGGACAACGGAGCUGAUAAGGUUGCCGUACUUUGACGACAACUUUGUGAAUGUGUUCUAUUCUGGACAGACAACUUCGGAAAAGCACAGUCGACGAAGUUACAACUUUAUGACUGAGUCUUUCGUCGAACUACGUACUAUGAAAACGCGAUCGUUUCUCGACCAGUCGGGGAGGAGGCUUCAUCAGAUUACGGCUGGAUGCUUCAGGAGCCAAAAGAAGACUGGCACUCCAUACAGAGUUACCGUGACCUUGUCCGAGGCACCAUGGGUGGAGAGCUCUGCAUGCGCUUGCACAGCAGGCUCUUCUGGGCACUGUUGUCAUACUGUCGCAGUGUUGAAGACGGUGGCCAGACUUCUAGCUCUUGGCUACAAGCAUAUCCCGGACGAGCUUGCUUGUACUGAGCUCCCUCAGCAGUGGGGACGACCAAGAGCAGUACUUGCACCCGAGAAUGUCAUGCAGGUGAACUGGAGGAGGCUUGGAGAAGACCGUCCUGAAGAACCUCUCCACUGCAAGCUGAGCGACGUCCGAAAGAAGGAAGAGACGGUAGACGAGAAAAGAAGUUCCGUACUCCAAUUUGCUGAGAGCGUAAAGGGCAUGGUAGGAGGUACACUCAGUGACACACUCGAAAGUGCUGCACAUUCUACGUAUGUGGACACCAAAUAUGGCCCAGCUCUUGAGAACUCCGUGAUGGCUGUGCAGCUCAGCUGUCUACCUUUUGACUUCAAAAGUUUUGUCGCUCUGAGUCAAGGCCAGGACAUAUCUACCUGCAGAGCUCACGGAUUCACCCUGUUUCAAGAUUGUCCGGAAUGGUCUUUGCCAGAGAACAGCAAUUCUUCUGUGCUCAUGGAGAUACGGAUAUCAGCUGCCAAUGCCCAACAACUUGAACAGGACACCAGAAAACAAGCCAGGAGCACACUGUGGGAGAAGGAAAGGAGGAAUCGUCUGUCAUCUUCCAGAUUUGGCCACGUGUGCAAGCGCCAGAAGCCGUGGACAGAGGUGGCAUUGCGAAACUUACUUCGCCCAAAGCAGUUCAGUGCAGCGUCUGUGCGUUAUGGUACCUCUAAUGAGCAUAAUGCUGUCCUGAGGUACAUCGAAGUACUUCGUCACAUCCGCCACCACGUCCACGUCUUUGCAUGUGGUUUCAUGGUUCGACCGGACUUUCCCUGGCUGGGCUCAACGCCUGAUCGGAUUGUGUACGAUCCCGAGCAGACCCCAGCUCACGGUGUGUUGGAGGUGAAGUGCCCAUGGUCGAAAAGGGCAACAUCAUUAGAAGAUGCACUUCAAGAUAAGGACUUUUGCAUUGAAGUGAGGGAUGGCAAGCCACAUCUAAAAGAGCACCAUGAAUACUAUUAUCAAAUGAUGGGCCAGAUGUUUUGCUCAGGAGCUAGGUGGGGCCAUUGUGUGGUGUAUUCACCAUCGUGGAUCAUUGUUGCUAAAGUUGACUUCUGCCCCUCAUUUUGUGAUGAGAUGAUAAAGGUACUGACUAGGUUCUAUUUUGACUGUGCUCUGCCUUACCUUGAAGCAUCACCAUAA